CCCCAGCCGCGCCGCCGCGCCGGGCCCGCCGCCGCGGGAUCGCCGCCCCUCCCCCAGCCCGCCGGCCCCACCGGCCCGCGGGGCGCGGACGCGCGUGGCGGCUGCUCGGUGGGACCGUCCGUGGAGCUGGCCCCAGGAUGCUCUGGGGGUGUGGAUGACCAGCCAUCGAGCCUCCCACGGCCCAGGCCCGGAUGCCGCCGCCCCACGAAGACCACUCCCAGAGGACCACCUAGUUUCCUGACCCGGGGACCCCGCCCGUCCGGUCCCCAUCUGGUCGCCCAGCGGCCGGGCAAGGCGCGGGAGUAGCUUCCCGAGCCCGCCAAGCGCGCGAGACGGCGCAGGGAUCUGGGGAAAAGGGCUUGGCGCCGCCGGGCAGCACCUUCGCCCAAAGGCUCGGCAAAAUGACCAGCCUGUUCCGCCGGAGCAGCAGUGGCGGCGGUGGUGGCGGUGGUGGCGGCGGCGGGGGCGGCUCCGCCGGGGCGCGCGGGGCCGGGGGCAGCGCCACGCCCACCGCCCAGGAGCUCAACAACAGCCGGCCCGCCCGCCAGGUGCGCCGCCUGGAGUUCAACCAGGCCAUGGACGACUUCAAGACCAUGUUCCCCAACAUGGAUUACGACAUCAUCGAGUGCGUGCUGCGCGCCAACAGCGGCGCCGUGGACGCCACCAUCGACCAGCUGCUGCAGAUGAACCUGGAGGGGGGUGGCGGCGGCGUCUAUGAAGACAGCUCGGACUCGGAGGACAGCAUUCCCCCGGAGAUCUUGGAAAGGACUUUGGAACCUGAUAGCUCCGAUGAAGAGCCCCCACCCGUGUACUCCCCACCAGCCUACCACAUGCACAUGUUCGACAGGCCUUACCCUCUGGCUCCGCCCACUCCACCUCCCCGCAUCGACGUGCUGGACUCCGCACCCGCUUCCAGCCAGAGGCGCUAUCGGAACUGGAACCCGCCACUGCUGGGCAACCUCCCUGACGACUUUCUCCGCAUCCUGCCCCAGCAGCUGGACAGCAUGCAGGGCAACCCCAGGGCCUCCAAGCCCAUGAACAGAGAGGGAGGCCUGCCCCCUGCGGCCGGGCCCGGGACCCGGGACCAGGAGAGCCGCUGGAAGCAGUACCUGGAGGACGAGAGGAUCGCGCUCUUCCUGCAGAACGAGGAGUUCAUGAAGGAGCUGCAGCGCAACAGAGACUUCCUCCUGGCCCUGGAGAGAGAUCGAUUGAAAUACGAGUCCCAGAAGUCCAAGUCCAGCAGCGUGGCUGUGGGAAAUGACCUUGGCUUCCCCUCUCCUGCCCCAGGAACCAAUGACGCCAACCCCGCCGUGUCUGAAGAUGCCUUAUUCAGGGACAAGUUGAAACACAUGGGCAAAUCCACCCGGAGGAAGCUGUUUGAACUGGCCAGGGCCUUCUCGGAGAAGACCAAGAUGAGGAAGUCAAAGAGGAAACACUUGUUGAAGCAUCAGUCGCUGGGGGCUGCUGCGUCAACAGCCAAUCUCCUGGACGACGUGGAGGGCCACACCUGUGAUGAAGACUUCCGGGGCAGGCGGCAGGAGGUGCCCAAGGUGGAGGAAGCCCUAAGGGAAGGACAGUAAGAGGAACCAGUGGUGAAGGACCACGGGGCUUCACCGGAAAAGGCUUCCCCAUCCCUUCUCCUUACCAGAUGACAGUUCCUCCUCGCUGGAGAUGAUCUGACCGGUGGAGUCAGCCGGAGAGCAAUACCGGCCCCCAGUUGAAGAGCCUAGCUGCAGCCGGACAGACGGACAGAUGGUGCUUGAGUACCGAGGCCCAGCGAUUCUCCGGCCACAGUCCAGCCGAGCCACUGCCACUUUCAAUGGGACUUAGAACUUCGGAGUUGCAUGCUGUGAUUGGAGGAAGGACCUGGAAGGAGGGGUGGGGGGCGGGUACGGGAGGGUGGUGAUUGGCCAACCAGGGCCCCUUUUGUAGCCAGGCUGUUCUAUGGGCAAUGAGUGGAAAUGCAGGAUCCAAAUCCCUUCUUUAAAAAAAAAAAAAAAAAUCCAGAAACAGGCAAAGGUGGGAGC